CUUGCCGGUCCGGGUGUGGUUAUGGAACUUCUGGUCACUUUACUUUCCCAUUGUGACGAUGAAUCCGGUCUUCGUUAUCGCUUGGUGCUCCCCCUCUAUCCUCUUGCUUCCUCUAGUUUUCUAUCAUCGAACAAGCCAAGUUGGCGAGCAUCCAUCCCCAGUUUCCAACCCGCAAUCUUGAAUCUUGUUCCCCAUUUCCCCAUUCUUUCCAUGCUGUUCUACUGCGCUUCUGCACGCAUAGUCAGCCCUGGCACCCUAUUUGUGUAAGCUCUUGAGUGUUGCUGUUAUUGCGAUACCCCGCCAAAUCAGGAACCGUCUUUGGAUGAGACAAAAGUAAAAUACCCGCAGGAUGAAUGAUAAGAAAGCAGGCAAACAAUUUCAUUCGCUGCCUUAUGCUACGCGGUUAAUCGUCACGCAGACAGGCAAACUGAACUGCAGCGUAUGCUUGACGCCAAGCUUGAACUAAUACUUAAAUAAAAGUUGAAAGUAGAUUUUCCAGUGCAAGUUAAUAAGUGGCCAGCUUAGCUCAGACCCCUCAUUCAUCGUCAAGGUUGUUCUUGAUCCCUUCAUUCUUUUCGAGCUACUUGCAGCAUUUGUCUUGGCCCUCUCUAGCUACAACCUUUUUGGACUUCAUCGACGCCGUCAUAUUUUUGGUGUCGGCCCCAGAUCGUACCCACGAGGGCCCUUCGUGUGUGGCUUCAUUCAGUGAUAUCCAUACCUGUACCCACCGACUGAGUGUGAGUGUGAGGUUAGUUUCAAGGACUCGGCGCUAUCUCUACACCUUGGUUGUGAUGUCGCAUACACCCCCUCGCUAUCAACCUGCAACCGCACGCCAUAAACCGAUACCACCCAUACCAUACCUUACCAUACCAUCCAUACCUACAUUUGAAUACCUUACAUAGGUAUAGAUUCUGCUCCUGCUUGGGUUUGCUGCGCUGCUCUACUUACACACACCGACCGAAGUCGCAGCCGACCUAUCUUAUACUUGUACAGAGCCCGGCUCUCGUGUCUAUUCGUGAACGACGACUUGACCAUAUAUCUCUUGCAGGAGAUCGACCUUGACCGGUGCAACGGAACCCCUUGUUACAGCUGCAAGUCGAAUCAUCCUCUCGACUCAACCCAUCUCAACCUGACUUCAUCAUCUGAGUUCUCGGCUCUCUUCGCUACGCAUCCGAACCCUUUGAAGCUGCGUCGUCGCUUACAGGACCCUGAAAGCACCACGCUAGAACCUUUUCCAAUUCCACUUUCACCCACAAUCGCACAUUGGGUCAGGGUUGUUUGUUGGAUUACCAUUGCCUUACCUAUUUAAAUCCACCUAGGAACUGGGGCGCGCACACUGCACUGCACGCUGAGCGCAAGCCUGGCCUGGCGCAACGCCGCGACGGAGCAUCGUGACCUCUUUUUUAUUUCUUUUACUGGGGUUUCGAGUUUACUAGUCGACAGUCGCUUUGUUGUGUCCUGUCUGGGUUUCUCUAUAUUUUCCUCCCCCUCUUCUCUCUCUUCUUGACUUUUCUCACGAUCUCCUACUUCUCCCUCCUCAGCUUCGAGCAGACCACCAAUACCCUGCUGUCUGCUGGUGGUUUGGCUUCCGCACCUGCAUUGGCUCACCCUCUGAUCCACCACCACACUUGAGUUUUCACGUACAGACUGUCGCCUGUACCUUUCAACUUUACCUUUCACUUGGUGCUCAUAUCUUGUUUUGCCCCCCAAACCGGCAUUCCGAGGACCACCCCCGACAUAAUACCGGCUGUGGCUCUGUUCCGACCCGGCUAAUAAAGGCCUUUCUGCCUCCGCUCCGUGGCCGGUGGCUUCAGCCCUCGAGUCAAGUUCCGAUCGCGACGUGAUAUUUUCUUUUUCUUCCCGCUCACACAGAGAGUGCAUCAGCGCACUGCUAUAGCAUGCCCGCUCAACUAAACGGGUCCAUGACCGCCAGCAUCCCCAUUAGAAUACCCGGCGACCAGGCCCAGGCUCAAACUCAACCUGCUGUUUUUUACAAGCAGCACAAGCAUUCCAGAUCUUCUUAUUCCGAUUCUUCUCCGCUCGCAAAUUCAAGGAACAAUUCUUUAACUUUCCGUCCUUAUAAGAGGCUCAUGUCAAACCCAGACAAGACGAUCGCUGUCAUCAACGCCAGCGGGCGACAGGCUGCGUCUUUCAUUCGCGUCGCUACUGCUGUUGGUUAUCAUGUGCGCGCUCAGUUGAGAAAUCUCGACGGUGUCGUCGCUGCUGAAGUUUCGGGGAAUCCUAAUGUUACCGUAUUUGUUGGCGAGCUCUACACAAGACAUCAGCCCUCUGAAGCAAAUCGUGAUGUUACCAAGCACGGCCCGCUGGCCGGUGUCGGCGUCAACUACGACUUGAUCGCAAGUCUGUUCCGCGGCGCACAACUCGCCUUCAUAAAUACAACUUUUUACGGCGACGAGAUUCAAAUCGGAAAGGCCCUAGCCGACGCCGCUAAGCGCGCAGGAAUCCAACACUACGUGUACUCAUCCAUGCCUGACCAUGGUGCUUACAACCCCGAAUGGCCCUCGUUGCCCCUCUGGGCUGCCAAGCAUGAGGUCGAGCAGUAUGUGCGCAAACUGAGAAUACCAGCCACUUUUGUGUACACUGGUAUCUACAACAACAAUUUCACCUCCCUUCAGUAUCCCCUUUUCUGCAUGGAUCUUCAAAAGGACGGCUCGUUCAAAUGGCAAGCACCUUUUCAUCCUGACGCCAAGCUACCCUGGUUAGAUGCCGAGCACGAUGUUGGUCCCGCGGUCUUGCAAAUCUUCAAGGAUGGACCAAGCAAAUGGAACGGAGAGCGCAUCGCACUUGCAUACGAAUACUUGACACCCAAGGAGGUGUGUCGACUCUUCUCUAAAGGAGUUGGCCGUCCUGUGCGCUAUGUGCAAGGUCCCAUUGAAAUCAAGGUUCGAAUCCCUGAAGGCUACCGGGAACAGCUCGUCGGUCUGGAGAAACUGUUCGACCCGAAUCAGAAAGAUCCUCGAAAGCAACCGCCUUACUUCGGUGACCCCAAGGUCGAAGUCAGUUGCCCAAGCGAAGCCUUGGAGUUAUGGGAAGGCCCUCGAGGUAUCGAAGAAUACGCACGUGAGAUGUUCCCCAUAGAAGAGGAAGCAAAUGGUCUCACAUGGAUGCUGGACGAUGAUGCGAGUGACGAUGAGGAGGUGCACAACACAGCAACCCACGUCGAGCAACUGAGAAUCCACGACGGUGAUGAUGAUAGCGACGACGAUAAUGACGACGGCCUUGUCAUAAAAGGUCGCAAGCGGGACGAGGAAGAGUGCAGGAAAGGGGUUAAAAAAGAAGAGUUAGUCCAUGGGAAUCUAGAAGCCCAGUCCUGAGGCGAUUAAGGAACGGAGCAGACCUGGCGACGCGGUAUUGCAUUUCGGCAGGAGUUGUGUUUUUGGAGAGGCGUCCCUACCGGCGUAGGUUUGGUCUAGGAACCUAAACGAUUUUAUUAUGACUUGUCAAUGGAUGAAAUAAAAGUAACGAAUUACCUCUGCCCUCAAUUUGUUGUGCGAUUAGCCUGUGGUGUGCGUUGAAGGUAGCAUUUAUUUGUGGCCUGGUGAUGCUCGUGCAACUCGGCGAGACUGAGAUCCGAUACUAGCAGACUUGUUGGAAGUCUCUUGCUUGAAGGUCACCAUCAAUCUAAAUGAAAGAUGCUUGGCUCAAAUGUCUGAGUGCUCUUAAGUAAGACACACCCAACAACGAGCCGGCAAAAGAGUGCGUGUCGAUAAAGUGAACAUGACGAGGGAUGGCUGCCUCGACGAAGCUGAAAUGAAACAGGGAAUUCAGCUGCUUCUUAUAUGUGAUUAUGUUAGAGCCAGGAAUAAUAGAUUAAUAAACGGCCACCUCGUCAUGCAUAACAC